AUGGAAAGUAGUCGAAUUGAUGUUGACUUGGAUGGUGAAAGUGAGUUUGUUGAGCAAAACAAAGUGCCAGUAGUUGGGGACAAAAGGACAUCAAAUGCUUGGCGCAACUACACAGAUGUUAGAGAUCCAAAGACGGGCAAGAUUGUAAAGGCGCAAUGCAAACACUGUUCCAGAAUCUUGACAGUUACUACAAAAAAUGAUGCCUUUGUUAGGAUUAGGGGUGCAGUUAGAUAUGUUAGGAGCUCUACGGAAAGAUCAAAGUUGUUUGAUACUUGUGUUUCAAAAUCAAAAAUUUUGAGUAAAGCAGCGGUAUCUAUUGAUGUACCAACACGGUGGAACGCCACUUACAUUAUGUUGGAAACGGCACUUAAGUUUGAAAAAGCUUUUAAAAGAAUGAGACAAGAAGACCCUGCAUUUGAGAAAGAUCUUAAAGAUGGAUUUCCAUCCCAAAAAGAUUGGGAAAGUGCUAGAAAUUUAUCUCUUUGUUUGAAGCGGUUUUUUAAAGCCACGAAAAGGAUGUCGGGAACUUUGUAUGUUACGGCUAAUAUGCAUUAUCAUGAGAUAUUAGGUGUACUUGCUUCCUUGUUGGAGUGGACACAAGAUGAUGAUAUCAAUAUUGCUCUUAUGGGUGAUCAAAUGAGGAAAAAGUUUGACAAGUAUUAUGGAGAAUUUGGAAAAACAAAUGUGAUGGUGUUAGUUGCUGUUGCACUUGAUCCAAGGUAUAACAUGAGGUUUGUGAAGUUUUCUCUAAGAAAAAUUUAUCCUUUAGGCUUCAAGAAGGUUGAAGAGCUAUAUGCUAAAGUGUUUGAGUGGUGGAGUGACAAAUGCACAACAUACAAGGUGUUGGCAUCAAUAGCAAAGGACAUUCUAGCCAUUCCGGUUUCUAUGGUUGCUAGUGAGUCCGCUUUUAGUACAUUCGGACGUGUGGUUGAUGACUUUCAUAGUAAUUUGCUUCCAAAGACGGUGGAAGCUUUGAUUUGUACUCAAGAUUGA